AUGUCUCUCUCUUACCGGGAGCCGCUCUCUGAGACCGUGGGAAAGCGCAUGGUCGUCACAGGUCCGGACUACAUCAAAGACCACUUGCCUAAAAUCCACCAGCAUACCGCCUACAUAGGAGAAAAGCGUCCAGCCUUAGAGAAAACUGGAGAUCUCAGAUAUUUAUUGAGAUCUGCCCCAAACCGAAGCUUGCCAGCAAAAUAUAAACACGAGUAUGUUGGUGGAAUUGGCUGGGGGAUACCAGAGUACAGUUUCAUCAACAGAUCAAGACUGGGGGACGGCUUUCACAACAAGCGUGGAGAGCUAAGUCUUCAUGCAAGCGACAAAGUAACCCACCGUUAUCAAAACCCAUGGCAACCGAAGCCUUCAGUCUUGGACAUGCAAGAGGGAUACAGCCGCGCUUUUCUUGCCUGGAAUAUGAGUGAUUAUGAAGAUACCCAACAGAGAGACUCCCAAAGAGCUAUUCUCGUUAAACAAAGCAAAUCGCCAAGGCUUUCCCUGCCCUCCAGGCUGCCCAAGCUGCCAAGGAAGGAAGAGAAGUGUUUAAGACAGGGAUUCUAUGACAGAGAGGAAAACAGAAUAGCUCACACCUAUUCAGACGCCUGUUUUGUACACGGGGUGCCGUCUUGCUUCCUUGAAGAGUCUUUGGAAGGUUCUAGCACGGAACUUAACCCUGUGUCCAGAGAGCCCGCUCAUCAACCAUCACCCUUUGAAGCUUUUGGCCAGGGAGCUGGAUGCAUCCUCUGGGAAGGGACACUGUGUGAAAAGAGGGAGUUCAAGUGCUACCGUCCCAGAACCUCAGAAGAUGGUGAUGAGGCAGUAUCCAUGUGUAAACGAGAGAAGCCGGGAGAAAGGAGGGGAGCGGGGAGCACUGUGAGCUGGCGAGGGUGGAAGGCUGACCUCUGCUUUGACAGUUCCUCCGCAGCGUGGAAAAAAGAGGAAAAACACGAGCUCAGAGAGCUGAGACCAAAAUGGGAUUUCCCCAGCAAAGGAUGA